GUACUUUAUCACCAAAUAUCUCUAUACAAACAGUGAAGUAAUUUUGGUUGUGAAAAAACAUGAAAAAGUUGAAGAAGUAAGAAGAUUUUUCCAAGGCGAUGUACUGACUGAAUGCUAAAUAUGUAGCAAAUUGAUUUACAUGCUGGUCUGGUUAAACCAGAAUCUGAAGAAUUAAUGUUGGCAAAAGUGAGACAUCAUUACAUACACUUAUAAUCUUAUCUUAAAAACAUAAAGAAAAAAAGUUUGAGAAAUACUGAGGAAAAAUAUCCUGUUUUCUGUUAGCAUUAUAAUGGAUUUCUAUGUCAACAGAGAGCAGUUAAUAGUCAGGUGUAUUUUUCUUGUUACUGAGAUUUUCAGAUGAGUUAGGUCAACUUUACAUUGCUGAAAAAGACAAGAAAGUCUCUCUGCAGCUCAUUAUGCAACUUCUUAAAGGCCAGGCUGAAUCGACGUGGUUCGGUAAUCUUCAGAGUCGGACUUUAAAGGUCACAGAAACGUUCUUUUUUUUUUUCCCCAUGUGAAUCAAUUAUUUUCAAACUGGAUCCCUGCCCACCAGGGGCCUGGUACCUUUGUCUAGCACCACAAAACGUAACGUUCUCCAUAUUCAUUACUUUUCUAAAAGACUCAGUCAAAACAAAUAUCAGCUUUCAAGGGAAAGCUCUGAUUUUAUGUUAAGUGUUAAUACGAUUGCUAGCAGUGUCUAGCUACAUCAUCUCCCAGAAAAUCUCUAAAAGGUCAAGUUGUACGAGCAUUUUCUCAAGGCACUGUAGUUUUUCAGAUUUCUUGCUGUGUUUUAACCAUUGAUUCCCGUUUCUGUGGCUCCAGUUGUGACGGAUGUGUGUCGCCCCCGGCGGUUCCCUCCCUGGUGUGGACAGGUGGCGCUGUGGGGCAGCUGGGCAGGAAUCGCUCUGGCCAGCUGCGUUUCCAUUUGGGCGGGCCAUGGGUUCAGUGAAAAGGUGGCCAUGAUGUGGUUAAUCUCCUGCUUCGCCAGUUUCUUGUGCUCCUGUCUGCUGCUGGAGCCAAUUAAGGUGCUGUGUGAGGCCGUCUACUUCGCCGUGUGUGUGCGCCGGCUGCGUCCGGAGGACAGCGACGUGCUGGUGGACUUCCCACGGGAGGAGCGAGUGGUGCAGCGGGUCGCCAGGGUGAGACCGCCGCAGGGCUUCGCUCUGUCUCAGGCCCGGCACCAGGCCCGCAAGGUCCACAUGCUGCACACCAUGCUAAAGAAUUUUCUGGUUUACAUGUUUUUCCUGCUGGUCGUCCUGCUUCUGAACUACUCCGACUCGGCUAAACACACGCACAGCUUGAGACUGCGGACUCAGCUGCAGCAAGCCCUGCACACUCCAGAGUACCACACCAUCAGCAGACGAGACGACGUCCUGACCUGGCUUAAUGGAUCUCUGCUGCCUCGGCUGCUGGACGAGUCGUCUCUCCUCAGAGACACGGGAAGCCUGCUGCUCGGCUCCCCGAGGCUCCGACAAACCCGGGACAUACAGGGUGGUUUCAGGCCAAGACAACGAUCACCUCCCUUGGUCACAUCCCCGACCAGAGGCGCAGAGAAUGACACGGUCACUGGUGCGAUCCACAUGGACUGGGCUCGGAUGGAGGAGUCCGACAGCAGAAAUGUGCUUCUCCACUUUAACAGAAGCCUGCAGGAGGCCUCUUCCUUCCUGCAGCAGCUGCAGCAGCUGCACUGGAUCGACCACAGGACUCGAGCCGUGUGCGUGGAGUUCUCCCUCUACAACGUCAACACCAACCUGCUGGCUGUUUUCAGGUUUCUGUUUGAGUUCCCAGUUUCUGAGCGCGCUCAGUCCAGCCUGGAGCUCAGUGUCCUCACUCUGUGGCCGAUCGCAGGCCUGGACCUCCAGCUUCUUCUCACGUUGGUCCUCCUCUGCCUCAUCUUGUACUUCCUGGCGCGAGGGAUCCUGGGGCUCCUCAGGGAGGGCUACACGUACCUGUUGUCGUCGUGGAGAGCGCUGGGCGUAUGCAAACUGUGUCUGGCGGCGUCUGUGUGCGGCCUCCAUCUGAGCCGCUCCGUCAUGGCCAGGCAGCAGUGGACGUUGUUCCUGAAGCGACGCCGCGACGCCUUCACGGACUUCUACCCGCUGGCCAGGCAGAGUCAGCUGUACACCGUCAUGUCUGCCAUGCUGCUGUUCAUUCUGGUGCUGAAGGCGUCGCACCAGUUGCGUUUCCUCCGGGAGUGGGCGGUGUUCGGCAGAGCUCUGCGGCGCUCGGCCUGGGAGCUCCUGGGAGUGGUGUCGGCUCUGCUGCUGCUGCUCCUGGCUUACUCCCAUGCAGGACACCUGCUCUUCCACUCUGUGCUGGACAGCUACGGCAGCGUGAGCGCCGCCUGUCUGUCGUUGCUGGGAGCCGGGGGAAGGGGCCUCUUAUCGUGGCUCCCUGCCUCGACGAUGACCGGUCCCUCGAACACCAUCUCCUCCCUGACGUUCCACGCGACCUUCGCCGUCCUCCGGCUGGUUUUCCUGUGGUUGAUCGUCUCUGUGCUGCUGAGGAACUACCGGCGCGCCCGAGCAGAGCUGUACCGCCCCGCCGUGGAUCUCCAAGACUACGAGAUGGUGGAGCUGUUUGUCAGACGACUGAAAAUGUGGAUGGGACUCAGCAGGACCAAAGAGUUUCGUCACAAAGUCCGUUUCGAAGGCAUGGAGCUCCCGCCGUCCCGCUCGUCCUCCACCAGCGACUGCAAGUCCCUGUGUCUGCCCCCGCUGGACAGCCCGGACUCCCCGCCCACGCCGGACAGCAUCGAUGCCGGCUCAGAGGCCUCGUGGCGUCCAGCCUCCUCGAGCCCCUGCAGCCUGACGGAGGCGCCUGGGGUCGGCCUCGGCCUUGGUCUGGGUUUGGGUCUGGGGCACGGCCCGGGAGUGGUGGUAGGGGGCUCGAGCUGGAGGGAGAGGGCAGAGACGGAGGCCUCCCUGAGGAGGCUGCUCCCAAUCCUGGACGCUCUCCUGCAGCAGCUGGACCGAGUCAACAUGGCGACAGACGACGUUUACCACAUCGAGUGCAGGCUGGAGCGGGCUCAGCGAAAAAGGAGGCGCAGCAGGAGAGAAAGAGGAGAGGACGCUCAUGACCGGAGAGGGGAGAGCAAGCAGAGAGGGAAGGGAGACGACAAGGACGUGAAAGAACGAAAGACGGGAAAAGAGAAGCAGACCAUGGGCAGGAAGGAGAAAAAGACUGAACUCCCUAGAGAGUCUGCAACCAAAAAGACUCCGGUCGCCACGCCGAUUCCCUUUUCAAAGCCCAGACCUACGUUGGCCUCCGCGCAACCCCACAUCUCUCAAUCAUCAGUCACCGAUAAACCUGCCGCCGACCCCACCCCAACGAGCACUUCCUCUCUCCACAACCCGCUCUCCAAAACUCCCUCCGCUCCCUCAUACCCCCGAGCACCCACUCCCUCCCUGCCGACCGCCCGAGGCCCCACGCCCAUUGUUACCCGAGACCCGCAGACGGACAGAGAGACCCUCCCCUCCUCGAGUCUGUUCAACCACCCGGCUCACACCACCACCAUCCCCACACGAAAGAGGAAACGGAAACCCCCGCCGCUGAAAAACAAGGUGCACCCCACUUAACAGGUCGUCCCCAAAACCCUUAGGGGUGGGAACUAGAGGAGGAGAAGGAGAACGCAGGAGGAAAACGCUGGGUUAAGGACGAGAGGAGAACGAGGACAGCCGGUUUUUUCCCCAGACGCACCUCUUUAAACCCUGAGACAGAGAAGAGAAACCGAGGGGGGGUUUUGCAAAGAGAUGAGAAAGUUACGUAAAGGCGGAACAAUUGAGCCAGUUGUUUGAAAAAAAUGUAGGGUAAUCAGAAGCGGGAGAGUUGGGUCUUGGCUCGCUCUCAAAGCAUGGUGCAGGUCACUGGAUGCUACCUAAGCCGACCGAUUAAAACAGUGAAACCAAGAGAUACUUGUGUUUAGUUCUCCGAAACCCCCCUCACCCUUUCCCCGUCGCCAUGUGAUCCUGGAGGUCUCACGGCGCUGUGACAGGAGCACAGGAAGGUGCUCACCAGACUGUACAGCCACACUUCUCUGUAUAUUUUUGUUUGCCUUUAUUUUGUUAAAUUCAGCAGUUUGGACACCACGGGUGUCGGUUCAAGCCAUGUAUCCUGGAACCAAAGAUUCCUACAGGAACGCACAUCGUACACGCAUGUAUAUAACACUGUAGUUACAUAUCAGUAGGUGGAAAUGUGCCUUAUGCGACCGGCCCUACGAGGUACGAGGAGAGGCGUGCACGUGUGUGACGCUGUUGAGAUUUCAGCUGUCACUUCUUGAGGGUGCUGAUGAUACAGUGCCGGCCAUAUGUAGAGGUAAACAUGUGCAAAAGUCUUACAGCUUUAUUAAUGUUUUAGCACAGCAGAGUAAUAUCCUAGCCUUUAAUUUGAGAGCAUUGAUUCGGUGAGGAAAAUAUAUGCACAGAAAUAGUGAUUUUUUUUGUUGAUUUUUUUAUAACAGAACUAUCUUUGGUAGAAAAGAAAAACUGAAAGACUAGUAUAAAGAACAAACUGUUUCUAUCGAAAAGGAUGAAAGCAGCACAGACGAAAUAAAGAAUUAAACUUCAAGCAGUCUAGUUAAAACCUCGGCAUUUCUGUUCACAUGAACUCCAAAAGCAGGUAGUGGAUUAUAGCGCAGGGCAUUCUGGGUAAAUACAACCAAAACAAAUGUGAGAGUCUAUCGCUAGCGGCAGAAAUGGCUCUAGGACUUUUGCCAAAAACAAAGAGAGAAAUCCUACAACUGCUAAAGUCUCCCUUUUUUGUUUACAUUUUGUGAAGGAGGAAGUUGCGAUCACGUCCUUCACCGGUUCUAGCUGCGGCGCCCAGGCAAUGGUGGAAACAGGUUUUUCAAACGUUAAAAAGUACGAGAUGUUUUCACAUAACAUCUCAGAAAAUUCUCCUGUGUGCUCAAACCACAAAAGUAGCACUUUAAAAAUAUAUUUAAACUUAAAAGCCAUCAGCAGAUCAGUAAUACCAGAUGAUUUACUCGAAGGCUUUUCACACAUUCUUUCCUCAAUAAAUAUGACCAGCACUGUUCAUGUGAGAGAAGGGAGAUCGGAACCAGAAGAAGCGACAGAAAGCUAAGGCAGAGUUCUGAAGAAGAGUCAUAGUAAGUGCUGACAGAAUAAGGGACUAAAGGAUGGAAAUGAAGACGGUUAUAUGGGCGGUUUCAGCUAAACAUGACAGAAGUUCACCAAUUAUAAAGCUAUACUGACUCCCAUUCUGAUUAUAUUUCCUGUUUGUUGUUGUGUUUAAUAUGGAAUCGAAUUUAAAGCACUUUUUUUAAAAUUGUAGGUCAUUUUAAAUGUGAUGUGGCAUAAAGUAAUAAGCUUGGUAUCUAUACCAAAAAACAGAAAGCUUCACUCAUACUGUACUUAAUUACUUAACCAGAUGCGCUGCCAAAGCUUUUAAAUCAUUUAUGCAUUUUUGAUUCAAUCUAAUCAUACAUUCAUUCGUUUUUUUUUUUGUUUUGUUUUUUUUUUUUUGUACUUGCACUUUACUCUUUAACGUAGAUGAUGUUGAACACCAUAUUUAAUUAAUCACGUUUCAGGUUAUGAGUACAUUUACGUUAAAGGGACAUUUCGGUAAGUAUUUCCACCGUGUUGUUAAAGCAGUGGCUUGUUUGUUCGUUCGCCAGCUGUUUGAUUUGUUAUAAUUUUGUCGUAUCAACACACGCACUUCCUGUGUCCAGUGGGCAAAACUCAGGGAACCCGUCCUCUCUCUCUCUCUCUGUCACAGCUGGAGCCAAAUCCAAGCAGAAGGUUCCAGUUAUUAAAAUAUAAUCCCAUACUGGUAUUUGUUAUAUAAAUACUGACGGAGUGGUACUGCAUUGUGUUGGCCUCAUUGUAAAAGAGCAUGAAUGUUUAGAUUUUCCAACAGAUUUUUAUUGUUUUUUUUUUUUACUUCUUCCAGCAUUAAAAGACACCCCUUCUCACUGUGUAUAAUUUGUGUAUAUAUUUGGGCCUAUUUGGGAUGUAUAUAUUUCCGCUUUUUGAGUAUCUGUAUUAUUUGUGCACAGUGGCACACACAAAUGUCAAGCACUGGUGUUGCAAUCUCCAAAGUUUUACAUUUUUCUGGUCUAAAUGAUGCACAACAGCCAAAACGUUUAAGUCAUUCAGUGUUUGACGGUUUAGUAGAAACCACAGGAAGUUCAGCAGUCACUUAUCCUCUCUUUGUGUAGUGUGUGCAAGAGCAUGGUGCCAAAGCUAAACUGUGUGUAUCGUUUUGCAGUCUGUUGUAUAAAGCUUUGUGAUUUGAAAGUGAAUUUAAAAGCAUUUCUCUGCGCUUUCUCCCCUUGUAUCAAUGCAGUUGUAGCACCUCAUGCUUUUGCACUUGACAAAGUCGAAUAAAGUGUUUGACAGCUAAA